AAUUGCAAUUUUUUUCCGAUCCAUUUUAGGGGAGAUUUUCUGUUUGUUUUACCGUUCGUGACUCGAUGUAUAAAUAAACCAAGAGACUAGGGAACACAUUUUAGUCCGUUUCACGUCCAGAUCUUAGAACAUGCUGCAGCUUUCAGUGGAACGAGGUUUGGCCCUGCUGCCGCUGUUGGUGUUGCUGGGUCUUUUCGCAAGUCUAGAGGCAGCCCCGUCUUCAUCGACUGGAGGGAGUAAGCAGAGCCGGCCGGAGGAGCUGGUGCGUGUCUACAGCAUAAACGCAGAGCAGUACGCGAGGGUUCUCCAGCUUACACAGGGCAAGAAUGUGAUCUCCGAGGCGCGACUGAUCAACGGUGGCUUUGCCACGGUCGGCGACAGCCUCAGCUCCGGCUGGCACUCUCUGCUGCGGAUCGUGGGGCUCACCACGCUUAGCAAGGCCGAUGAGGAUCCCAAGGUUGACUUUGAUGGCCAACCCCUGUGCGUGAUCAAGACAAGGGAGGAUGCGCCCAGGGAGGAGGGCUCUCCCCGGAGCUCAUCCACCAACAACCACGACGAGGAGGAGUCUGCCAUCAACUGCAUUGUGGUGCUCAAAAAGGAACAUGAUCUGGAGCAGCCUACCCCAGAUCACUAUCAAUAUUUGUACUCAGUGCCAGCCCCACAGUCGGCAGUAGUUCCUCAAGAGGCAGCACCGCAAGCGGCUGUAGUUCCUCCAGUGGAAUCAGCAGCCGUAGGAGAGCCAGCGGAGCAGGUGGCUGAGCAGGUGGAGGAUCAAGUGGCGGAGCAGGUGGAGGAGCAAGUGGAGGAGGAGAUAACCACCGAAGCUCCCCAAAGAUCUAGGUCUAAGUCGAAGAAACCAAACACUAGCAGUGAAUCCACGACUGACAGCUUCGAGGAACACUUCGAAGUGCCCCGCCAAUAUGGAGCUGGCUAUCCACCACCACCGCCGCCAUACGGCGGCUAUUCACCUUAUGGUGCUUAUCCAUACAGCCCCUACAGCCCCCCCGUACAGCCUUACGGUGCACAGCCAUAUCCACCCUAUGGCCAGUCGCUGUCGCCAUACGCCCCACAGCAGCCCUUUGGCCUGCAGCAACCCUUUGGUCCACAACAGCCAUUCGGUGGGCAGCCGCCAAUCGGGAGUCCCUACUACCCUCAGCCAUACUAUGGACAACCCGCACCCAAUCCUUAUGCUCCCUACUCCUACUUCGAACAGACCCAAGCCCAGAAUGAGGUGGAGAAAGCAGAAGCCGACGACGAUCAGGACGAAGACGAGGACUCCUCUGAGGCGCAGGAUGAGGAUGAAUACGGCUAUGAUAAGAAGUCGAUGAUCUAUUAUAAAAAGGUUUACGCUAAUUAA